GUCCUUGCAGCGUCAGAGAAAGACCCUCCGGAUGUUCUCAGCAGGACCAAGUGCCUCGAGUAUUUAGCAUCUCUGCGACAUGCUAAAUGGUUUCAGGCUCGGGCGAACGGUCUUCAGUCUUGCGUCAUCAUUAUUCGGGUUCUGCGGGAUCUGUGUCAGCGCGUACCUACCUGGGGCAAGAUGCCCGACUGGGCCAUGGAGCUGCUUGUUGAAAAAGCCAUUAGCAGCGCAUCAGGUCCACUCAGUCCCGGAGAAGCUCUGCGGAGGGCCCUCGAAUGCAUCGCCACCGGGAUUCUCCUGCCAGAUGGUCCAGGUCUUCUCGACCCGUGUGAGAAAGGUCAAACAGAUGCUCUGGGAAGCAUGUCGAAACAAGCUCGGGAGGACGUGACCGCUAGUGCCCAGCAUGCGCUGCGACUGCUGGCUUUCCGUCAGAUCCAUAAAAUCCUCGGCAUGGGCUCACUGCCGGUCUCAAAGGCCGGAGCUCGAAACCGCAAGAGACGACGCGACGGCAGCGACACCGGCGAGGGAGAAGCCGACGGAAAGAAGGAUAAAAAAGACGAUUCUCACAUCCCUUGAGACGUCUGCGUAAUCUUCGCAAGCUGUUAUGUCUUUGCAAAUGUAUAAAUAUCACUCGAAGAGGAAAAAAUACAACAUCCGAUGGUUCCGUUUUUCAAAAGAACAAGAUAUGGAAAAAACGUAGUCGUUCCCCUUUUAUGAUGCAAUAUGUCUUUCUAAUACAUCUGAGCUGAAAAUAGGCCGAAAUGCAGCAGCCGCAUCCCUUUUUCAGAGCAUCAGAUGAUGAGUGAAUGUCGCUAACGAUCAGCGACCAAAAUAAUACAUAAAGUUACUGAACGUCAAAUUAGCUCUAUUAGGCACUUUGACAUAUUAAUGGCACUUAAUUAAAAGCUUUAAUUAUCCAGACACAGGCCAGUCUUUUUUGUUUACAUCUUAUAUAUAUAUAUAUAUUUA